AAAACAAGAUUGGAGUCCGUCUUGGGAAAUUGGAAUAGAAGAUAAUUCACCAAAAAGGAAAUGACCAAUUGCCUGAGAUUCCUAAACCUCAGAGGACUGGCCCUGCUGUGCGCGUUCCUGGGGACGCUGUGCAAGACAGGAUCUGGGCAGAUCCGCUACUCGGUGCCGGAGGAGCUGGAGAAAGGCUCUUUCGUUGGCAACAUCGCCAAGGACCUGGGGCUGGAGCCCCGUGACCUGGCAGAACGCCGAGUCCGCAUCGUCUCCAGAGGUAGGACGCAGCUUUUCUCUCUGAACCCGCGAAGCGGCAGCUUAGUCACUGCAGACAGGAUAGACCGGGAGGAGCUCUGCACUCAGAGCGCGCGGUGCCUGGUAAAAUUUAACAUCCUGGUUGAGGAUAAAUUGAAAAUUUUUGAAGUAGAAAUAGAAAUUAAAGAUAUUAAUGAUAAUGCUCCUAAUUUUCUAACAGAAGAAUUGGAAAUAAAAAUUGGUGAACUAACAGUUCCUGGAACCCGCUUUCCACUCAAAACUGCAUUUGACCCAGAUGUGGGCACGAACUCCCUGCAGAACUACAAGCUUAGCCCCAGUGACUACUUCUCCCUGGCUGUGAACAGCAUCUCUGACGGGGCCAAGUACCCAGAGCUGGUGCUGGAGCGGGCCCUGGACCGGGAGAAAAAGGAAGUUCACCAGCUUGUCCUCACUGCCUCUGAUGGUGGUGACCCUGUCCUCUCUGGCAACUUAUGCAUCCAAGUGAUAGUUCUGGAUGCAAACGACAACCCACCAGUGUUUACUCAGCCUGAGUACCGCGUAAGUGUUUGGGAAAACGCACAGGUGGGUACCCGGCUGCUUACCGUGAAUGCCACCGACCCUGAUGAGGGAUUCAAUGCUCAAGUGUCCUAUAUUCUAGUUAAAAUUCCUGGGAAAAUUGCUCAGAUUUUCGAUCUCAACUCAGUGACUGGAGACUUAUCAAUAUUAAAAAGUCUAGAUUAUGAGGAUGCUAUGUUCUAUGAACUUAAAAUUGAAGCACACGAUGGACCAGGUCUUUUUUCAAGAGCCAAGAUUUUAGUCACAGUUCUGGAUGUGAAUGACAAUGCCCCAGAAGUUACAGUCACUUCUGUCACAGGCUCAGUCCCAGAAGAGGCUACCGCUGGAAGAGAAAUUGCUCUUAUCAACGUUCAUGACCGAGAUUCUGGGCAGAAUGGGAAGGUUACAGUUUUUGUCCUAGGAAAUCUGCCAUUUAAUUUAGAAAAAUCAAUAGACCAAUAUUACCGCCUAGUGACAGCCAGAUCUCUAGACCGUGAACGGGUUUCAGAAUAUAACAUCAGUCUGAGAGCCACAGAUGGUGGGAGUCCGCCUCUAUCCACAGAAACUCACAUCCCACUGCGUGUGACAGACAUCAAUGACAACCCACCAACCUUCCCUCACUCCUUCUACUCUGCCUACAUUCCAGAAAACAACCCCAGAGGAGCCUCCAUCUUCUCCGUGACCGCCCAGGACCCAGAUAGUGACAACAAUGCCCGCAUCACUUACGCAUUGACCGAGGACAUCCUCGAGGGGGCGCCUCUCUCCUCCUAUGUCUCCAUCAACUCCAACACUGGAGUCCUGUAUGCGCUGCGCUCUUUCGACUAUGAGCAAUUUAGAGACCUGCAGCUACUGGUGACAGCCAGCGACAGCGGGAACCCACCGCUAAGCAGCAACGUGUCGCUGAGCCUGUUCGUGCUGGAUCAGAACGACAACACGCCCGAGAUAUUGUACCCCGCCCUCCCCACAGACGGUUCCACCGGCGUGGAGCUGGCGCCCCGCUCCGCGGAGCCAGGCUACCUGGUGACCAAGGUGGUGGCAGUGGACAGAGACUCGGGUCAGAAUGCCUGGCUGUCCUAUCGCCUACUCAAGGCCAGCGAGCCAGGGCUCUUCACAGUGGGGCUGCACACAGGUGAGGUGCGCACAGCGCGGGCCCUGCUGGACAGAGACAUGCUCAAGCAGAGCCUCGUGGUGGCCGUCCAGGACCACGGCCAGCCCCCUCUCUCAGCCACCGUCACGCUCACCGUGGCUGUGGCCGACAGUAUCCCUGAAGUCCUGGCCGACCUGGGCAGCAUCAAGGCUGCUGCCGAUCCCAACGAUUCGGGCCUUACGCUAUACUUGGUGGUGGCAGUCGCCGCCGUCUCCUGCAUCUUCCUCGCGUUUGUCAUCGUGCUGCUGGCGCUCAGGCUGCGGCGCUGGCACAAGUCACGCCUGCUCCAGGCUUCCGGAGGCGUGCUGGCAGGCAUGCCCGCCUCUCAUUUUGUGGGCAUGGACGGGGUGCGGGCCUUCCUGCAGACCUAUUCCCACGAGGUCUCCCUCACGGCGGACUCGCGGAAAAGCCAUCUGAUCUUCCCCCAGCCCAACUAUGCGGACACGCUCAUCAGCCAGGAGAGCUGUGAGAAAAGUGAGCCUCUGCUGGUACCUCAAGAUUUACUUGAAACGAAAGGAGACCCCAAGCUACUUCAGGUGAGUUUAUUUCUUUCUUUGAAUAUUAUAAAGAACAAUUAUGCCAAUGUGGUUAUUAUACAGCUUUAA